CUCCUGGUUACAAUACUACUGAUCCCUGAGCAACAACGACUGAAGGUAUCAAACCAGAAACAAGGUCACAAUGUCUGCUUUGACUUGGGUUUUGGACGUUCCUUCGCGAGAGAAACUGAUCAAGGCUGCCUUCGAAGCAAAGGAAUUUGCCUAUUCUAAAUACUCGAAAUUUCGAGUCGGUGCUGCACUCCUUACCCCCGACGGUCAGAUCAUCAAAGGAGCUAACAUUGAGAAUGCAUCGUAUGGGGGAACUAUAUGUGCUGAAAGAACAGCCUUUGUGAAGGCAGUCAGCGAAGGAACGAUGUCAUUCGUUGCGCUAGCGGUCGUCACUGACGUCGCGUCUCCGCUUUCACCUUGCGGAAUGUGCCGUCAGGUAAUCCGGGAGUUCUGCCCUCAGAAUAUGCCUAUCCUUCUGGUGCCUGCUGAUUACAACGAGCGUGUAGCAAAAGGCUUGGGCGAUGGCAUUCUGGAAACCAGCAUUGCAGAGCUUCUUCCCCAUAGCUUCGGGCCAGAGGACUUGGAGCUUCCGCGACAGGGUGCAGACUAGAUCGAAAUGGCAAGAAUAGGAAUACAUAAAAUAUACAAAUACAACUGAGCGACAGGUGCCGAUGAGGACGCUAUGAGAUACCGUCACGUUAAGACCCUUU